GAGUUUAUUUUGGGGAGUUUCGUAAGCCAUCAAUAAAGAUACAUUUACACAACUGAAACGGGUUUAAGCUAUAUAGAUAGACAGACAGCUGCUUUGCCAGUCGCCCUUUGUGAUUUGACAACUUGUUGUGUAUUUUGUAUUACGAACGCCGUGGAAAUUCACCAUGCAGGCUGCCAAAGUCUCUGACACCCCGAUGGAAUUCAUGGUGGAUUUCUUAAACAAAGCCAAGGAGAUAGCCGAUAGCAAUGCCAACAUUCCAGAGGAACUGAGGGUCAACCUACAGAAGGCCCUGGACAUAGCGUGUGGUCUAGAUGGCUACCUGGAGAAAAUGAGCAGCCAGGAAAGUGCACCUCUCGCUGAGCUGUAUCAGAAAACGAUGGAACACAACUGGGAUAAAGUAUUCGAGGAGGGCAAGACUCAGUUUCGGCUUCCAAAAGAGUGCAUCACUGGGCAUGUGGAAGGCCAGACUCUGAAAAUGCUGGUUCACAUGAGUAAAGCCAAGAGGAUCCUAGAGAUAGGCAUGUUCACAGGGUAUGGUGCUCUCUCAAUGGCUGAAGGACUGCCCGAGGAUGGUUCACUGGUUGCCUGUGAGAUUGAGCAAUAUCUUAAAGAAUUUGCUAAGCCCAUAUUUGACAGGUCUCCACAUGGCAAGAAGAUAACAGUGAAGAUUGGUUCUGCCAUGGAUAGCUUGAAGGAACUGGCUGCAGCAGGCGAGCAGUUUGACAUGGUCUUUAUCGACGCAGACAAGAACAACUACAUCAACUACUACAAGUUCAUUCUUGACCACAACCUCCUACGGCUGAGUGGUGUGAUAUGUGUGGAUAACUCUCUGUUCAAGGCUAAGGUUUACCUAAAGGACACCGCUGAUGUAAACGGGCUGGCGCUUCGAGAUUUUAACCAGUUUGUGAAGAGUGAUCUUCGUGUGGAGCAGGUCAUUGUCCCCCUCAGAGAUGGCAUCAGUAUCAUCCGCAGAGUACCCAUGGCAACAGCAUGUGCAGGCACACAGAGCAAGGUAACAGACGAUGAGGUAUUCCGGGGUUUGAACGGGAGGUCGAUCCUGGACCGGAUGCGUCUGGACGGCAGGGUGGCCUAUGUGACGGGGGCAGGCCAGGGUAUAGGCAGGGCGUUCGCACAUGCCCUAGGAGAGGCUGGGGCCAAAGUUGCUGUGGUAGACCUGGACCAAGGGAAGGCUGAGGGCGUGGCAGAGGAGCUCACAUUGAAAGGGAUAAAUUGCAUUGCGAUUACUGCUGACAUCAGCAAAUCGUUAGAUGUUGAGAGGAUGAUUGACAGCAUUGUGUCCAAAUGGGGAGCGAUCCAAAUAGCAUGCAACAACGCAGGGAUCAACAUGAACUCAGCCAGUGAGGACACCAGUCUGGAAGAGUGGGACCAAACCUUUGAUGUCAACUUGAGGGGGACCUUCAUGUGUUGUCAGGCUGCAGGUCGUGUGAUGCUGAAGCAAGGAUAUGGGAAGAUUAUUAACACAGCGUCCAUGGCCAGUCUAAUAGUGCCCCAUCCACAGAAGCAGCUUGCCUACAACACCUCAAAGGCAGGAGUGGUCAAACUGACACAGACACUUGGCACAGAGUGGAUCGACAGAGGGGUCCGAGUUAACUGCAUCUCACCGGGGAUUGUUGACACCCCUCUCAUCCACUCGGAGAGUUUGAGGCCCCUGGUGAAGCGCUGGCUGUCAGAUAUCCCUGCUGGACGACUGGCUCUAGUGACAGACCUGCAAGCUGCAGUGGUCUACUUGGCAUCUGACGCCUCCGACUACAUGACAGGGCAUAACUUAGUCAUAGAGGGUGGGCAAAGUCUGUGGUAGAGAGAGGGAGAAGCUUAAUUUUUCCCACUCUUGGUUCACUCUUGGGAAUAGACACCCACCGCAGGUGGCUGGUGGCACAUUAAUUAGGGAGACGGACUCAUAGUAAGGGCUGGAAUGGAAUGAUAUGGAACACUUGGCUUCCAUGUGUUUGAUUUCCACUCUCCAUUCCAGCCAUUAUUAUGAGCCGUCCUCCCCUCAUCAGCCUCCUGUGGCAACCACUGUGACUGAUCUCCACAGGGAGAAUAGGAUAACAUAGAGAUUAGGUCAGUGAUUACCUCCCUGGUUUACCAUUAUGUCAGAUUGGAGAUUAUUUUACAGUUUCAUACAGUAGUCUUCACAUAAAAGGGACAUUUAUUUCGACACAAUUGUGCUUUUAUAUCCCUGUUAAUUUUCUUGACAGAAAUGCACACUUUGUUGCAAAUCCUUUGGACAUCUGUGUUUUUAUAAAGAAACAUUUUUCACGCUGGAAUCUGUGAGUGAAUCUUAUAAACAGGUUUUGACACCAUUGGCCCCAUCAGAGGUAUUUGUUUCAUAAGUGAAAAGUACUUGAAACGGGUUCAUAGUUCAAGAUUUUAAUACACUGAAUGCAUGCUGCUUUCUACUGUGCAAGUGCAGUACGUACUGGAUAUUAGAUUGCAAAAGAUGGGUUGGGCAUAGUAGAAAGUGCUGAGAUGUGUAUGACAAGAUACUGUACGAAAUACAGUCUCUUUCUAAAAUAAACACUAUCAAACUUAA